UGGGACGCACGCAUUAAAUCAUCUCAAUGGUGCGUCCGAAUACACACACGCAACACCAACAACCACCCACCAGUCGUGCAACCAGUAGCUCGACUCGACGCAUUCACCAACACGCCCCUUUCGCUGUGCUGUCCAUGUGUCUGUCGCCAUGCCUACAUCAUGAAACCUAGCUCAGCUGAUAAACGCACAGAUGCACUCACGCACGGACACAAGCAUACAAGGCCGUGCAUGCAGAUGGACACCUACUGAACUCUAGCAUGACGCAAAAGCCACACCACCCCUCCCAUGACAUAUUCUAGGAUGUCUACAUAUGUCUACAUGUCGCUCGCUCUUUGACGCACUGCACGCCGCCACACGCUCGGGGCGCCUGCCCGCCUCGGGGCAGCAGAGAGCCCAGGCAGCCAUGCAGAGAGCCGAAGAGCAACACAAGGAACGCAUCCUUGAGGCAUGAGAUGUCACCUCAGGACGAUAUGGGUAGAGGGGGAGCCCUCCCCCAUCAUUGCAUGCAGCGUGUAUGCAACAGGCAGCGGAAGGGAAGCAUCAAGCAUCAAUAAACCAACUUCACGCCCCCCAACAUGCAGACAGAGGACGCGUCCAUGAGUGUGUCCGCCACAUCCCUACGCCGCCUGGCUCGCCUUCUCUUUCUUCUCCUUCUUCCCUCCCCCUCCCCGCCCCCCUCCCUCCCCGUCCCCACUUUUGGUCGCCGGGCGGGUCAUCUCUAGGGUGACGCCGUCCACCACCGACACAGCAAACUUGCCCUGGGCCAUGUCACGCAAAAUGCGCGGAAAAGAAAACCGUGGCCUCACACGCAGCACCAGCACCACUCGCUGCAGCAAAGGGAAGCUGUCGAGUGCCAUGCCGACCCUCUGUGCCAGCGUGCGGCACAUGGUCCUGGCCUCGGCGGCCGAGAGGCCCUGGACCGUCCGGCCAUAUCUGAGUGUGGUCAACUCUAUCUGCAGUGUCCUGACUCGCCUCUCCAUCACCUGUCUGCCCCGAUCCCCCACACCGUACAUACGCCACUCAACGCGCUUUUCCCCCUGGCCGGCGGCCAGAUCGACACGCCACCCCACCACCACACGCAGAGGGCUGCCUUUGACAGAGAGCAGCGAGACUGGCUCAGGCACCAGGAAGAGGCUAGUAGUGGGGGCGGCAAGGGCCCUCAAGUUGAAGGUGACGGACGACAGUGAAGGCAGCUUUCCCAGCACUGUGUCCGCCCCUCCCAGGUAGAAGAACAUCUGCCCAUCCCCCUGCUCAGCCACGACCGUCUCGACGUUAGGGAAGAGCGCGGCGGGGUUGGCCGUGAUGUACGAGGGGAGGUAGUUCCAGGGGGCGUUGACGGCGCCGGCGAUCGUCAGCUUGGUGGCACUCCCGCACACCAGCGAGCUGAGCUGCUGCUGGUGCGGCUGGAGUGUGUUGGCCCACGGGAGUACCGUCACUGAGGCUGCCUGUGCAAAAGCAGCUUGAUGGUGGGGAGGCAUAAGGGCAGCUCGGUGGGGUCGCCGGCGAAGGGCAGCCGCACGGACAGGCCCUUCUUGGCUAGGUCGACCGGCCUCUGGAUGUCCAGGGCGCCCCAGUACACCUCGGUGGCACCCGGGGCCAGGCAGGUGGCCCUGAACCGAUCGAGCGCCUGAAGAAUGAACAAAGAAGCAAAGCGGACAAGAGGCUGUUGUGUGGGUGGGUGGGAAACUAGCUAGCAGUGGGUCAGACGUCCUUUCUUGUUUGUUACCCCACCUUGAUGAAUGAAACGGAGCGCACGUCGUCGUCGCCGAGCUCGGCGAGGCACAUCUCGAUCUUCUGCAGGCGGCCGCUGCCGGUGGGUGAGCGGAACAGGUUGAUGAAGGCGUCCAGGUUCACCCCUUGAAACCGACCACGACCCGUCAGCGAACGGAGAGUCUUGGCUGCAGACAAAAGGGAAGCAGUGUAUCUGUUGUGUUGUGUCUGUUGUCCGUUCUGUCUGUGGCCGCGGCUUUCUGACCUGAUGCAGUGAACAUGAGGGAGUCGACAAUGUCUAUCAGGUUGACGUCAGAGCGGCAGCCCAGCUCACGCUGCAGCCAUGCCAUGCGGCCAGGCAGGUGCACCGAGGUGCUGUGUUGCGUAUGGUGUGCAUGUCUAAGUGAGUGUGGAUAGGCGCUGACCUCGAACGGAAUGUGGAGGGAUCGGAGGCCGUUCCUGGCGCGACUGAUGAACGACCGAGGGCCAGACGCCGUCAGAUCCACCACAUCCUGUGUCAACGAUGCGCAAACAUGGCAGACAGACAGUGCGCGACCCACAGGUGCACUCACUAAUGUGAUGUGAUGCGACCUACCAGUGCUGUCAGUGCCGGCAGCUGCAUGUUUCUGUCAGCCGCCAUGUUGCUCCACCCGCCACGCACAACCGCCGUUGCCAGAAGGGGGUACUCCACCGGAAACUGGCAACAGCACACGUCGACAUACACACCCUUUUCCCGCCCCACUCCGCUGCGUACCCGGUUGUGUGGCAUCUUCAUGUGGUGUCUGCCGCGCAGGAUCCGGCCGCCCUCCUGGUGGCCGUUGGCAUAGCCCCGCAAGUCCACCCUACGAAAAGAUGGCGCCACUGCCUCCAGCAGCCGCACCAACGCCACAGUCGGACGGUGAUCAACCUUCAACUCACGGCACUCCAACAGCCGACCUGAAAGGCGCGCACGCAGACACGCACACAAACACGCACACAAGGGCAGCAGAGUCACGGCAAUGACAAGGGGAGUAAGACAAGCUCCUCCCUCCCUCCCUCCCUCCCUCCUUGUUUCCCGCCUACCGUGCCAGGUCUUGGCGACUUUCUCACGUGGCGGCAUGCUGAUGUGGGCGAUUGGGUGCAUGCUGCUGUUUGUGGUGAGAUGGUGAAAGUAGGUGCUGACGCACGAGAGGGACUCAAUGGACGACGGGAAACCCAGAUGACCGCCUAAGAAGGUCAAACCAGACCGGUGAAAGGAAUGUGAACGGUGAAAGGAAUGUGGUCAGUUGCUCGUCUCCCCGUACCGAUGCCGAUGCGGUGGUCGUCGCUCAGCCAGAGAGCCUCCGGCAGUCCCUCCAGACACGCACAGUAACCCUGUCACACACAUACACACACACAUACAGACAACAAUAUGGGGACCUGACACGCAGCGGCGUGGAUGUGUGUGUGGGUUACCCCCUCGUCGUUGAGUUUGUGCAUCUUCCCCUCCAGUAUGUCGAAUUUCUUGUUGGCCUGCUCGAGCUGCUCCAUCGCCGACUCGGCAUUGUCGAUCUGCCUGUGGGCGUCCUGUAGCACCAUCGACCCCAUGACACGGUAGUGACGAUCCAGCUCCUGAUUCAAAGGCAAAGAGGCAAACUUGGCAGAGGGAUGGGCUGUGUAGGCAGGUGGGCAGGUACCUGCGUACGCUGCUGCUGUAGGUCUGUGUCGGGCGGCGGGAGAUUCUCCCUCAUCUCGUACACGUGUUUGGCCUGAAGAUCGAUCACAACACCAACCACAUUCACACCCACACCUACACCGCUUCAAACGGUCUGCCUAUACGGCCUUUGGUCAUCUCACUCCCUCACUGACCCGCUGUUUGGUCUGUUGAAGUCUUUGCAUGAGUGUCUGCAGCUUCUCGCCCAUCGUGUCGAGAGUCGAUAGCACAGUAUCUGGACACACAUCUGCUACAUCCUGCAGACACAAGCACAUACCAGAGAGAGGCAACACAACAGCAGAAAGGAAUUGCAUUGCGUCCAUCGAUCGCAUCACCAACUAUCCCCUUCCUCUUGCAAGGUGUACCUGCAUCUCAACGUCGGCUUGCUCAUCUACAGCUCCCUCCACUUCGUCACCCUCCGCAUCUUCCUCUCCCUCGUCACUAUCGGCUGCUGGUGCUGCUGCCUCCAAAUUGGCUGCCACGCCCGUGCGUGUGCCAUCCUUGUGGUUCCUGUCCUUGCCCGCACCACGCCGCCCCUUCCCACUCCUCGCCGCGCGACGGUCCUCCCAGUCCGACCACCCCGAUGAGCUGCUGCUGUCUUCCUCCAUGGCCUCCUCAUUCUCUGACUCUUCCUGCCGCUCGUCAGCCAUCUCAUCCUCGCGCCCCUGCUGACUGUCCUCGUCGUGUUCAUCUGUGGUUUUGCGCUUGUGCUUCUUCGGUCGGGGGCGGACAACAGAAGCAGAGGCCGCCUCGGCUGCCACGGCAGCUUUGCGUUUGGGGGGACGCCUGUCCAUCAUCGCCACAUUACUCGACUCACGCGGCUCAGCGCGGC